AUGCGAACCUUUGCAAGACGCCAGUCCCCACCCCCUGCAGAUAUUAUCACCUAUCGUUUGAAUAAUCGAAUGAUGUAUGUCCCCACUGCGGAGAGCUUCGACCAAGCAGUUACAUUUGCCAGAUCAGCAUUCGAGAGCGAUCUCACUGGGAUUGACAAAAGCCGGAUAUCCUUCUCGUUGAAUGUGCUGGUGAAUGGGAAGCAGAGCUCUGUGGAUAUCAACCAUGGUGCGUGGUCGACGAUCAUGUCACAUCUAGUACGCUAUGAGAUCGUAGACGUGCACAUCCAGCCGGAGCCCAGAGUAUCCGGACCCCCUCCGAGCUAUCGGUCUCAUAGCUCGACAAAGAAGAAGCAGCAUUCGUCAUCACAUUCAUCAUCGGCGGGACUUGCUACUUUGUUAGAGACGGAGGAGUAA